AUGGGCAAGUCUUUCGCCGAGUACAGCCAAGAAGCAUUCGAAAAGAAAACCAUAAGAAACUUCAUGCACAACAAUAUGACACUCAACAUUGUUGACCAUCCUUCCACGCGCUGGCACGCCAACGAGACCCUCCUGCCGGUUCCUGUCAUCGAGUACUGGCGCGACGAACCUAUCCCCUACGGCUCCCCCCCAGCUACACUCGUUCUAACAAUCUCAAAGCGAAGCGCGCAGCCCUAUGACAAGCCCACGUCCGAGAUUUUACGAGGCGACCUCACAAUCACAGGGAAGAAGCACCUGCUGUGUCCUUGGGGUGCCUACAAGUUCAGACUCAACAACGUCUACUUCAUCGAGAAGGCCGUCGACUCCUCGUGGACCAUUCACGCAGGCGUGUACGAGCGCGGCGAGAAAAUGGGAGAAGUCGAAAUGCUGCCCAUUGAGGUCUGGGACGUGGAGCAGCCCGUCCAACAGAGAAUCGACUUCAAACGUCAAUGA